AUGAACUCUAUAGGUUAUCUCAAUGAUCGGACUAUCUUUAUUGAAGAUUAUGUUGGGCGUGAAUCUCGUGUGAUUAAGUGGACCUUGAUCCCUGCGUCCGCAGUAUGAUCUUGCCUUCAGGGGGAACAAAUUCACGAAACGGAGUGAUGUGUGCUGCUUCUUUUAUUUAAGAGCAUGCUUGAUGUAUUGCAUUGAUUCGGCUUUGCAUUCCACGUCCCUAUUGGGUCUUACCUGUUCAGAUACUGAAAACGUUCUAUUCUUUCUCAGGGAAAGGAUGGGAAUGUUUAUUGAAAUGAAGCAAUCUAGGAUAUGCAAAAGCUCAGACAUGUGACACCUCUGAGACAAAAACUGCGUCUCAGCAAAUGUAAAUAUGAGAAAUAUUGCUGCUAAAUAGUGAAGGCGAGGGAAAUGAUCAUCCUUUAAGUCUUUGAACAUAGAUUUUUUCAUCGUGUUUGAUGCCAGUUUGAUGCUUCCUUAGCCUACUCAGUUCAUCGUGUUUGAUGGCUACUACCACAUUCAGUAUUGUGGGAUUUUAUUCACUUAUUCAUGCAGUGGCUGAGUAGCAUUUUCUCUCUGUUUUCUGGUUGACGGUGAUAGUUUCGUGUUGUUCAUCUCAUUAUCAUUUAAUAUUUUUUUCCAUGCAUAAGGUUAAUCAAGUGUCAUCUAUAUGCGUUGCCAUUCAACUGUAGACAAUAAAAAGAACUUAUGGUUCUUCUGUUCACAUUGGCUGAGAAAAUCUGAUGUGUCUACCAAUAAUUGUGUCAUUCUGAUUUCCUUUUCCCACAUCACAGGGAAACACCGCCUAAAGGCCAUUAUAGAUGUAAAACUGAUGGUGUGCAAUGCAAGGACAGUUCCACAAAAAUUCAACAAUCAGCAGUGCCUGAAACAAGUGGCUCGAAACUUUCUGAGCUUGCUUUUGAUAAGCUGCAGGUCAGUGACAAGGAAAUGUGUAAAGGACUGAAACGGGCUUUUGGUCGAUUUGUUGCCCGUGAAGCUGUGAUUGAUGAGGAAUACUGGGUAUGCUCCUCGCAGUCAACUGUUUGACUUCAUAUGCUUGUAUUUUGCCAUUGCCUUAUAUAUAUGUUAUGUAAUGUGACAGACAGCUUCAUGGCUUCGGGCAGAAGCCCAUUGGGACCCCAUGUCAUACAUGAGGUAACUGUUAUGUUCUAUAAUAUGCUUUUAUGUUCAUUGGCUUGCUCGGUUCUAUCGUCAAUCAUUAUUUUUCCUAAACAUUUGUCUAUCGGAGUCCCAUGGCUGCCAUUUAAUUUUACAGGCACGUUGAUAACUACAAGAGAAAAUAUGCAGAGGAGGUUAGACUUUUUUUCCUCUGCUCUUAGCAUGGUUUAGUCUUCGUAUCACAUCAAUCUUUAUGGAUGUCGGAGAUAUCUUUCAGGCUUGUAGUGCUUACUCCUUUUUGGGAGUUUUUCGUUUUAACUCUAAUCUCAUUGAGUGAACGCAAAAAAUAAUUAAAAUAAAAUAAAAUCGUUUUUGGGAAUAUUUCCUUUUUGGGAAUGUUUCCACUAGAGAUGAGAGGAGUUGUUCAUGUCACGUCCCGUGUGUUGGGUUUUUUUUUUUCAUACGGUAUGUUGCCUUCCCAUGUUUUGCUCACUCUGUUUUCUUAUUCAAAAAAGAUGGAAAAUUGAUCAUGAUAAUUGAAUCAUAAUUUCGAAAUGGGCAAUAAUUUGUGUCCAUGCUGGCAGAUUUGGAGUUGCUUAUUAUCUCAGCAACAUUUAAAACCAACUCAGUCCUCUUCUUCUCUUCAGAGUUUUGAGGGGUUUGCCACAGGAGAGGAGGGCCACCAUGGGGAGGGGGAAUUGUUUGGGGAUGAGAGCAGGCAGCUGCCUCCGAUAAGGAGAAACUAUCUAUAUACAUUUUAGCAUCCUCGCAGAUCAUUUUUACCUUCUUGCCAAUUAAACCCUGUACCUUCCGUGAUACCAUAAAAGUUAACAUGAUGACCGUAUUUUGCCAAAUCCGAUCCUUCCAGCCCAAAAGUUUUUAUCUUGACAGCUGAUAAAACUUAUCACUAUUUUUGAAGGAGUUCAAUGCUCUGAAGCGCAGAUGCGCUGGACGAGAGGGCAACUCCUUGAAGUGCUUGUGCAUUGUUUCGGUAUGUCUUCGAAUUUUUUUUAAUUAUGCACUGUUUCAACUGGAUUCUUCUUCUUUAGAUUGUGUAAAGAUAGUUCUGAAAUAUAUUUCACAUUUUAUUUUGCUUAUGCAGAAUCAUUUUUAUUUACUUGAAUUAAGUUGAUCCUCUCCAGAGAGCCAUCUGGAUAUUAUAUGUAGGUUGGAUCCUUAGUUUCUCCAACCGCUGAUUAUGAUUGGUGAACUUGGGAAUGCUCCCCCUGUGUUCAAAAAGAUCUUGGAUAAAAUAAGUUGAUAUCGGCUCAUAUGAAAUUACUACCUCACACUGAAUGAUCCUGUGGAAAUUAUGAUUUUAUUGCCUUUUUUCUUAAAUGGUUAUUCUCUUUAGCAUACUUUGUGCGUAAUGAUAGUUCUUACAGAUGAAUAUCUUUACUAACAGAGGGGACAGACCCAAAGUUUUUUGAAAUAAAGUCCAAGCUAGGGUUACCCAACUUACUCCCUAUAUAUAAUUCCAGCAUCCAGAAACAGAAAAUGUCAACUCCCUGAAGAACCUGGUCAGAUAGUAACCUCUCAUCUCAUCCGAAGUACACGUGCAAUGUUAAAAGCAAUCAACUUCUCUGAUUCACUCGCCAUUAUCAUAACUUAUCAUCGUUAUUAAAUAUGAAAAAAAAAAUUGAUAUGAAGGAUGGACGAAGAUAUCUCUCCAUGAAAAUGUAGAUGAUGUUGAAUUGAAGUGUACACGUUUUCAUUGCUCUCAGGUGAAGAAGGAAGAUCCCAACAUCAGAAGAACUGUCCUGAACAGCGUGGUUGGGACUCUGGACCUCAGCAUCCGGCUGCUAUUGCACGGCGAGAAAUUCCCUGGGGUGAGAAAGCCUCUGUUUUCAUGCCCCAUCUUUCUCUCUACUGAAGAGGAAUCCUCAAGUCUUCUAACGACCAUUAUUUGCCAUUUCAGGAGAUCAAGAAGCCUUGUUCCAUCCUUGCAACGCAUGAUACACAACGAUAUGCAUACAUAGCGAAUGUGUGCGUCUCAAAGUUUGCUCGACGCCAAGGAAUCGCAUCCAAUAUGCUUUAUUUGGCAACUGAUAUGGCUGUUUCCGCAGGUAUAUAUCCCAAGUGCGAAGAGAGAGAAAGAAGUCUUUUGAUGCGUAUCACUGCCAUGGUCGGGUGAAUGGUUCUAUAAAAGGCGGUGUGAUAUUUUUCUCCAUGUUUCUUGAUAGGGAUGAAGCAGCUGUUUGUUCAUGUACAUGCAGACAACACAUCCGCUCAGGAGCUGUACAGGAAAAUAGGGUUUGAGGUCUGAUUCUGAUGUGCUGCUUCCAUUGACUUAGUCAUUAUCUACUUCACUUCUUGCCAUUCAUGGGCCCGGCCUCAGGCCCGGAGAAAAGGCUGGAAAAUGGGCAUCCUGGGUUGAUGCCACGUGUCAUGAGAAAAUGGGCCCGCUCAAAACUCCGACCCUACCCAGUCCGUUUUCUAUUGGUCUGACUUGAGCCCCAAGACCCAUUGAUCCACUUAACCAUGUAUGCGUCAAGUGACCGGGAAAGCAAGAUUUUUAUUUAUUUUUUCCUUGUAUAAUAUAUCAGAUCCUUCUUCAUCCUUCUGAUCCAUGUUUCAAACUGUAUUAAUACGCUUUCUGAGUUGUCAUCAACACAAAGAAAUGGGCUAUUUAUAGACAUCUCAAGUUUUGGAUUAUUUCCAUAUAUUAUUACUCUGAGAUUAAUUUCCAUACCUGUGUUCAUUCAUCUAGUUCAUUUCCGAGCACAAUUUCUUCUCCACAUAUUCCCAUUUCUCAUAUGAUCUCGAAGUGCUUUCUGGUCAACGCAGAGAAGCACCAUUUAUAGCCACUUAAAAAUACGGAUUUCAUCUCCCAUCUUAUUUCCAUGGAUUAUUCUGAGAUUGAUGCCCAUACAUGUCUUAAUCUCCAGGUCUAAUUUUUCUCUGACAAGGCUUCUUCUCCUCAUAAUCCCAUAUCUCCUUGGCUGCAGGUUGUAGGAGCGUCGCCUCCAGCCUCAGAGGAUCCGAGGUUUCUCAUGUGCAUGGAGCUCUGA